AUGGAUGGAGAGGUGGAGGUGUGCAAGCAGGAGAGUGGCUGGUCUGGCAGCACCUUAGGGCUAGCUAGUUCUCCAUCCGUGGUGGCUGAGCUGGGAUCUGCACCCAGGUCUCUGGGUCCCCCAUUCAGCGACGUGGGUCUCCUGGAGUAUCAGCACCACUCCCGGGAGUACACCCCCCACCUGUCCCCUGGAUCUAUCAUUCAGCCCCAGCGGAGGCGGCCGUCCUUGCUGUCGGAGUUCCAGCCGGGGAAUGAGAGGUCCCAGGAGUUACACCUGCGGCCAGAGUCCCAUUCUUACCUGCCUGACCUGAGCAAAUCUGAAAUUGAAUUCAUUGAGACGAAGCGGCCUCGGCUGGAGCUGUUGCCGGAGCCGCUGCUUCGGCCCUCACCUAUGCUGGCCCAGCACGGGGGCACUGAAGACGUCUCCAAGGACCGAGGUCUCACUGGCAAGCUGGAACCCGUGUCGCCGGUGAGCCCCACCCAUCCUGAAUCAGAAUUGGAUCUCUUACCGCCCCGGCUGUCCAAGGAAGAGCUGAUCCAGAACAUGGAUCGCGUGGACCGGGAGAUCACCAUGGUGGAGCAGCAGAUCUCCAAGCUGAAGAAGAAGCAGCAACAGCUGGAAGAGGAAGCCGCCAAGCCCCCCGAACCCGAGAAGCCGGUGUCCCCUCCGCCGAUCGAGUCCAAACACCGCAGCCUGGUCCAGAUCAUCUAUGAUGAGAACCGAAAGAAAGCAGAAGCUGCCCACAGGAUCCUGGAAGGCCUAGGCCCCCAAGUGGAACUGCCGUUAUACAAUCAGCCCUCAGACACCAGGCAGUAUCAUGAAAACAUUAAAAUAAACCAAGCAAUGCGGAAGAAGCUCAUUUUGUACUUUAAGAGGAGAAACCACGCUCGGAAGCAGUGGGAACAGAAGUUUUGCCAGCGCUAUGACCAGCUGAUGGAAGCCUGGGAGAAGAAGGUAGAGCGCAUUGAGAACAACCCGCGUCGGCGCGCCAAGGAGAGCAAGGUGCGGGAGUAUUAUGAGAAGCAGUUCCCAGAGAUCCGGAAGCAGCGGGAGCUCCAGGAGCGGAUGCAGAGGGUAGGACAGAGGGGCAGUGGCCUGUCCAUGUCUGCGGCCCGGAGUGAGCACGAAGUGUCAGAAAUCAUCGAUGGGCUCUCAGAACAAGAGAAUCUGGAGAAGCAGAUGCGCCAGCUGGCUGUGAUCCCCCCGAUGCUGUACGACGCUGACCAGCAGCGCAUCAAGUUCAUCAACAUGAACGGCCUCAUGGAUGACCCCAUGAAGGUCUACAAGGACCGGCAGGUGAUGAACAUGUGGAGCGAGCAGGAGAAGGACACCUUCCGGGAGAAGUUCAUGCAGCACCCCAAGAAUUUCGGCCUCAUCGCUUCGUUCCUCGAGAGAAAGACCGUGGCUGAGUGCGUCCUCUACUACUACCUGACCAAGAAGAAUGAAAACUACAAGAGCCUCGUGAGACGCAGUUACAGGCGGCGUGGGAAGAGCCAGCAGCAGCAGCAGCAGCAGCAGCAGCAGCAGCAGCAGCAGCAGCAGCAAAUGCCCCGGGGCAGCCAGGAGGAGAAGGAGGAGAAGGAGAAGGAGAAAGAGGCGGACAAGGAAGACGACAAACCCGAGGCCGAGAACGACAAAGAAGAGCUGACCAAGGAGAAGACGGAUGACACCUCUGGAGAGGACAACGAUGAAAAGGAAGCAGUCACUUCCAAAGGUCGAAAAACUGCCAAUAGCCAGGGCAGACGCAAGGGACGUAUCACCCGCUCCAUGGCCAACGAGGCUAACAAUGAGGAGGCAGCUACCCCUCAACAGAGCGCAGAGUUGGCUUCCUUGGAAAUGAAUGAGAGUUCUCGCUGGACCGAGGAAGAGAUGGAUACUGCUAAAAAAGGUCUCCUGGAACACGGGCGGAACUGGUCAGCCAUCGCCAGGAUGGUGGGGUCCAAGACAGUGUCCCAGUGUAAAAACUUCUACUUCAACUACAAGAAGAGACAGAAUUUGGAUGAAAUCCUUCAGCAGCACAAGCUAAAGAUGGAGAAGGAAAGAAAUGCUCGGCGGAAGAAGAAAAAAACAGAAGCCGUGCCAAGCGAGGAGACCACAUUCCCUCCCGUGGUAGAGGACGAGGAGAUGGAGGCGUCUGGGAUGAGUGGCAAUGAGGAAGAGAUGGCGGAGGAGGCAGAUGCUGCAGUUAACAACAGCUCUGACACAGAGAGCAUCCCUUCCCCGAGGACAGAUGCCAAAGAGAGUGGCCAGAACGGGCCAAAGCCGGCGCCGGCCCAGGCCGGUGAGACUGGGGUAGCAGCGGAGCCCCCCUCCAAGACGGAGGAGGCUGCCCCCGGCACCCCAGCCCCUGCCGACGCCUUGGCUCCCCCUGCGCUGCCCACCGACCCUCCAGCCCCUGCUACACCCGGCCCCGCAGCGGCCCCAGCUGCCCAGGCAGUGGCAGCCCCUGAAGAGACCAGCCAGGAGCCCGGCAAGGAGGAGAAGCCCCCAGAGGAGCUGGUGGUCGACGUUGUGAAGACAGAAGAGGAGGAGGAGGGGGGAGCGGCUGAAAUGCCCGGGAACGAGGCAAUCAAGAAAGAGAUCAAGAAGGAAGCUGAGGAGGAGGGCUCCGACAAGGCCAAGGCGGCAGAGAAGAAAGAGGAGGCGGGCGGGGGCGGAGGGGCUGGCACCACCGUGGCGGCCGGGGCUGGGGCGGAGGGGCCGCUGAAAGUGGAGAAGAAGGAGGGGGGCAAGGCGGCCAAGGGCACAGGGACCAACCCGGACAGCGACUCCAGCGCCACCUGUAGCGCCGAUGAAGUGGACGAACAGGAGGCCGUGGACAAAAACAGGCUCCUGUCCCCUCGGCCCACCCUCUUAAACACCUCCUCGGAUGCCAGGCCCAACCCUUCACCGCAGAAACCCCUGGACCUCAAACAGCUGAAGCAGAGAGCGGCCGCCAUCCCCCCCAUCCAGGUCACCAAAGUCCACGACGCUCCCCGGGAGGAAGUGACCCCGGGAAAGCCAGCCCCUCCGUCUCAGCAUCUUCUCCAGCCGGACGGUGAAGCGCCCCAGCCAAGCAGCAGCCCCCGGGGCCAGAGCAGGAGCCCCGCCGUGGUGGAGAAGGAUGAAAAGCCGGUGUAUUUUUCCCCCUUCCCGGAGGGCCAGAAGCUGAGCGGGGAGCCUGCUCCGUGCUGGGCCCCAGGCCUGCCUUUCCCGGUGCCUUCUAGAGACUUGCUCAAGAGCUCCCCGCAGCUGGAACCCCCCACCUUCCAGUACACCCCACCGAGUCACCCGAUCUCUCUCAACCUGCAUGACGGUGCCAGGUCCAGCCUGCAGAGGGUGCCCGGCAUCUCCAACCCACCUCCUCUCAUCUCUUCUACCAAGCACCCCGUUGUCCUGGAGAGGCCUGUGAGCUCUCAGGGUGUACCGAUCCAGCUGCACGCCCCCUAUUCUGAGCACGCCAAAGCUCCCGUGGGCUCCAUCACAAUGGGUCUGCCGCUGACCAUGGACCCAAAAAAACUGGUGCCUUUCCCUGGAGUGAAGCAGGAACAGCUGUCCCCGAGGAGCCAGGCCGGCCAGCCCGAGACCCUGGUGAUGCCGGCGACCCAGGACACAUCAGUGCUGAGAGGAGCCAGCCUGGGCUCUGCUCCGGGAGGAAGCAUCACCAAAGGCAUCCCCAGCCGGCCACCCUCGGAAAGCCCCAUCACCUACCGAGGCUCCAUCACGCAUGGCACUCCGGCUGAUGUCCUCUACAAAGGAACCAUCACCAGGAUCAUCGGAGAAGACAGCCCUAGCCGAGUGGACAAAGGCCGAGAGGACGGCUUGCCCAAAGGACACGUCAUCUACGAAGGGAAGAAGGGGCACGUCCUUUCCUAUGACGGCGUGAUGUCUGUGUCUCCGUGCUCCAAGGAGGAUGGGAGAACCAGCUCGGGCGCGACCCACGAGACAUCAGCCUCCAAGCGCACCUACGACAUGAUGGAGGGGCGCAUCGGCCGGGGGCUGUCGAGUCGUGACCUCUCCACCAGCAUCGAAGGUCUCAUGGGCCGAGCGAUCCCGCCCGACCGACACAGCCCCCACCACCUGAAGGAGCAGCACCACAACCGGGGCUCAAUCACACAAGGUAUACCUCGGUCCUACGUGGAGGCCCAGGAGGACUACCUGCGCCGGGAAGCCAAACACAUGAAGAGAGAGAGCACCCCGCCUCGGGAGCUGCCCGACCCAUACAAAGUGAGGCCGCUGGAGGGGCUGACCCCGAUGAAGAUCAAGGGGCAUGAGGGCCUGGUGGCCACCGUGAAGGAGGCGGGCCGCUCCAUCCACGAGAUCCCGCGGGAGGAGCUCCGUCACACGCCCGACCUCCCUGGCCCACCGCGGCCCCUUAAGGAAGGCUCCAUCACACAGGGCACGCCUCUGAAAUACGACGGCGGCGGUUCCUCGAGUGGCUCCAAAAAGCACGACGUCCGCUCCAUCAUUGGCAGCCCCGGCAGGACGUUCCACCCCGUGCACCCGCUCGACGUGAUUCAGGAUCCCCGUGCCAUGGACCGCUGCUACGAAGAGACCCUCAAGAGCCGGCCCAGCUCCGUCACCAGCUCUGGGGGCUCCAUCACCCGAGGGGCGCCCGUGAUCGUGCCUGAGCUGGGGAAGCCCCGCCAGAGCCCCCUGACUUACGAGGACCAUGCCACGGCUUUCGCCCAUCUGCCCCGGGGGUCACCCGUGUCUACCCGGGAGUCCACACCCCGGCAGCAGGAGGGAAGUCUCUCAUCCAGCAAGGGAUCCCAAGAGAGGAAGAUCACGGCAACCCCUCGGGAGCUUGCCAGCUCCAAAUCCCCGCACACCGCAGUGCCAGACCACCACCCGCACCCCAUGUCUCCCUACGAGCACUUACUCAGAGGCGUGAGCAGCGUGGACUUGUACAGGGGACACAUUCCGCUGGCUUUUGACCCCACUUCCAUCCCCCGGGGGAUCCCCCUGGAUGCAGCUACUGCCGCUUACUACUUGCCCCGGCACCUGGCCCCAAACCCCACCUACCCACACCUGUAUCCACCAUACCUCAUUCGUGGCUACCCAGACACCACAGCCAUGGAGAACAGACAGACCAUUAUCAAUGACUACAUCACAUCCCAGCAGAUGCAUCACAACGCCGCCGCAGCCACCGCCAUGGCCCAGCGAGCUGACAUCAUCCGCAGGGAGUCCUCCCUGGCACUCAACUAUGCAGCCGGACCCCGGGGCAUCAUCGACCUGUCCCAAGUGCCGCACCUGCCAGUGCUGGUGCCCCCCACGCCGGGCCCCUCUGCCCCCGCCAUAGACCGGAUCACAUACAUCCCCAGUGCCCCCCAGCCCUUCAGCAGCAGGCCCAGCCCCUCCCCACUCUCCCCAGGAGGUCCCACCCACAUUACUAAACCGACGGGGACAUCUUCUUCCGAGAGGGAACGAGACCGGGAGCGAGAUCGAGAUCGAGAGCGUGACCGGGAGAAGUCUGUUCUGGCGCCCACCCCAACUGUGGAGCAUGCGCCCAUUUGGAGGCCAGGUACAGAGCAGAGCAGCGGAGGCAGCGGCGGGGGUGGCAGUGGCAGCCGGCCAGCCUCUCAUUCUCACAGCCACCAGCAUUCACCCAUCUCCCCCCGGACCCAGGAGAACGUCCAGCAGAGACCCAGCGUGCUCCACAACACGGGCAUGAAGGGCAUCAUCUCCUCGGUGGAGAGCCUCACCCCCUCUGUCCUACGGUCCUCCUCGGCCACCUCACCAGUACGCUCCACGGGCUUCCCGCCUGCCCCGCACUGCCCCCUGGGUGCCAUGGACGGGGGCUACCCCACCAUCAUCGACCCCACCAUCCUUCAGAAGGAGGCCUCCCGGCCCCCACGGUCAGAGCGCCCCCGUCUGGAAAGCAUCCCCUUCGUGGCCAAGCACCCCGGCCGCGGGGGGCUGGAGCCGCCACCAUCCCCCAGCAAAGCUGCCGAGCCGAGGUCCCUGGCGUCCUCCGGCCCGGGCUCGGGCUCCAGCUCGGGCCGAGGGCAGGGGAAGAGCCACGUGGCCCACCCUGCGCUGGAGUCACAGCCCCCGCACCCAGCCUCGGCCAACGAGCAGCACAGAGACAAGGCUCCGAGCAAGAACUUCCCCAUGCAGGACCUGGACCUACGAGCCCUGGCAGGUUCCAUGAAGUUGUCUGAGGCCUCCCACGGCCGGCAGCCCCCGGAGAGCCAACAGUCACCCGGGCAGCCGAUGUCUUCUUCUGUGGUCAAGGGUCACCAGCGGGUGGUCACUCUAGCCCAACACAUCAGCGAGGUGAUCACCCAAGACUACACCCGCCAUCACCCCCAGCAGCUCAACUCUCACCUCCCGGCCCCUCUCUACUCCUUUCCUGGGGCCAGUUGCCCCGUGCUGGACUUACGCCGGACGCCCAGCGAGGUCUACCUCCCCCAGCCGGACCAUGGUGCCGCCUCCCGCAUCUCCCCCCAGAGCGAAGGAGGCAAGAGGUCUCCGGAGCAGGGCAAAGCCUCUGCCCUGGGUAGCUCAGAAGAUUGCAUUGAGCCAGUAUCCCCACCAGAGGGCAUGGGGGAGUCUGACCACAGCCGAAGUGCCCCUUACCCAAUGUUGUACCGAGAGGGGGAGCAGGCGGAGCCCAGGACGGGAUCCAAGUCUCCAGGAAACAACAGCCAGCCCCCUGCCUUCUUCAGCAAACUGACCGAGAGCAACUCCGCCAUGGUGAAGUCCAAGAAGCAGGAGAUCAACAAGAAGCUGGGUACCAACAGCCGGAACGAGCCCGAAUACAACAUCGGCCAGCCUGGAACGGAGAUCUUCAACAUGCCCGCCAUCACCGGAGCAGGCCUUAUGACUUGUAGAAGCCAGUCGGUUCAGGAGCACGCGAGCACCAACAUGGGGUUGGAAGCAAUAAUUAGGCGGGCCCUAAUGGGUAAAUAUGAUGAUCAGUGGGAAGACCGGUCACCUCUCAGUGCCAAUGCUUUUAACCCUCUGAAUGCCAGUGCGAGCCUGCCCGCUGCUAUGCCCAUAACUGCUGCUGACGGACGGAAUGACCACCCGCUCAUCUCGCCAGGAGGUGGAGGGAAACCAAAGGUUUCUAGCCGGCCCAACAGAAGCAAGGCCAAGUCCCCAGCUCCGGGGCUGUCCUCGGGGGAGCGGCCGGCGUCUGUCUCCUCUGUCCAUUCGGAAGGGGACUGUAACCGCAGGACCCCACUCACCAACCGGGUGUGGGAAGACCGACCCUCCUCUGCAGGUUCCACGCCGUUCCCCUACAACCCGCUCAUCAUGAGGCUCCCCACAAACGUCAUCGCUCCCUCGCCCCCCACAGCCAUUCCACAAGGCAACUCCAGCAGCCAGCACCACGCCUGGGAUGAGGAGCCCAAGCCCCUGCUCUGUUCACAGUACGAAACCCUCUCAGACAGCGAGUGAAGGGGGAGCCAGGGCUGGAUGGGGAGAGGAUGGGUCGCCGUGGCAGGAGACGGCCAACGCCAGCUGGUUUGGUGGACAUCGAGAAGGGAGCUGCUCGACCACCUUCCUCUCCCUCCCAAAAAAGAUCCACCCCACUCCAGUUCCCCCAAGGGUACAGGAAGGAGCACCCCGAGUCUGUCUGCAUCUGUCCAUCUGGAGGCCCUGUGUCCUCUUCGGCCCAAAGCCUUAACAAACCCCCAUUGCCACGAGGGCAGAAAUCCCAGCUGGUAAGAGAGGCGCUGGCAGUGGGGGUGGGGGGAGCUCCCCCCCCUCCCAGCACUGCAUCCAAAGCCCCACUGAGAAGGAAAUCUCUCCCCUCUGCCUCCCUGCUGUGCUCACGGUCUCUGUCUGGUCCAUGGGAGGCCACCAACCCAUGAAUUGAAUUGACUUUCUCAGGGGAACAAUACCACCUGGUGCUCCACGCCUCCUCUUCAGACUGGGGAGGGGCAGGGGGAGUGGGAAAGGCUCGACAUCUGUGUCUGAAUGCAGUGCGUGUCACGGCAGGGGGGGGUAGGCUGAGAGGGAGGGUGAACAUGGACGGGACAGACACCCACAGGCUGCACUGGCACGACGGAGUGGCCGGGGAUCCGGUACUUGAAGUGGGAUGGUCAUUCGCUCUGUUGUUGCCGCCUCUUAACCCCCUCCUUUCCCAGUGUCAACCAGCAAACCAACUCUGUCUAUUCCCUCCCCCUCCCCCCCCCCCAAAAAAAGAAUUUCCUCCCAGUCUGGGAUGAAACACCGGCUCCACUGAUUCCUUGUGGCAUUCAGAACCAAAGUUCAGUCCAUGUCAGCAGGCUCGACUCACCCACAGCUCCUGGAUUCUCCCAGAGCCCGCCACCAUCGCCGCUUCGAGAUCCCAUCCAUGGACUCUGGGCCCUGGCCAUCCUUCACGCUCUCCCCCUCUGGAUCUAAUGAAGAUCGCCUUCGCUAAAUAAAACUCAGCCUCGGGAAGCCCAGUGCCAAAAUGCAGGCCUGGGAAGUGAGUAUCAGGCCGUGUGGGGGCAGCUGGCAAGCAGGGGAAGACGGAGCACCCGUGUGUCCGUGCACCUGACCCCAGAGGAUAGGAAAGUCGCAGGCGGGCCGCCCGUCGCCGCCGCCGCCACCGCCGCCGCUGCUCUGCAGAGAGUAGACUGAUUUUCGGACAUCGUUGCUGAAACGGUGGGAAGGAAAGGCAGUUGUAAAUGAUGUAUUGGUCUACAGGGUAUAUUUUUGAUACCUUCAGUGAAUUAUUUCAGAUGUUUUACGUGAGGAAUGACUAAACAGUAUUACAGGCUGCUUUCGGUCUCUGCUUUUACUGCAAAAAAAAAAAAAAAAAGAAAAAAAAAAAGCGUGUGCAGGCUUAACCCAUCAUCCCAUUGAGUGGUAUUUCCAUGGGCAAGUAGCUCAUCCUUCCCCCAUCAUUCAGAAGGCGCUUACUUCAAGGCAGGGCACCAUCCGCAGUUACCAGUAUUGUUCAUGAUUGAAAAAGAAAGCAAGUCCUAUUCUAGUUAAAGAGGUUUGCUCGGCCUCGGAGCUCCCCGGUGUCCAGGGAGCUUCCCAGAUGAGUUCAGGGGGGUGGCAGCAAGGGUGGGGGGAGGGGAAGGGGAAUCCCCGAAAUUCACAAGACACGUGAACUGGUUCUGUUGUAUUUCCAUGUGUGAUGACAUCUUUUUUUUACAUUUUUUUCAUUCCAUAAUAUAUCAGACGUUGGAUCAUAUCUGCCAGUUAA